AUGGCUGUAACGAACAUACAAUGUGAGCUAGAGACAACAACCAAUGGCAAAGGUCAUUUCACAUUCACUGGUACUGUUGGACCGAAUGACUCUAAAGUAUGCACCAGAAUAGCACCUGGUCGAAUCACUACACAUCAAUGGAUAAAAGGUGGUGGUUGUAAGAAUGGUGGUGAAUUAAUAGUCAAUGAUAAUAUAAUCCGAUUCAAAUGUGCAUGUACAAAGUGGAUGAAAGAUUGUAAUAUUGAUCACACAUUAGUAUUUGAUUAUGUUGUCUAA